GUGUGUGCUGUGUGUCAGCUUCUCCCCGGCCACACUGCUGCCAGAAGGAGUUUGAGCUGGAGGACUCACCUGUGGAGAGAGGGAACACACACGCACACACACACCUGGUGUUGACGACGUUUGUCUUCCAUCAGCAAACAGGAUGGCGCACAGAGGCAGCGUAAGGCCGUUCGCCAACUUCAACGCCAAAAACGACGCUGACUUCCUCCGCAGAGCGAUGAAGGGAAUGGGUACGGACGAAGAUGCCAUCCUCAUGCUCCUGGCGGCACGCAGCAACGAUCAACGCCAGCAAAUUAAGGCAGCGUUCAAAAAGGCCUGCGGAAAGGACCUGGUCAGUGACCUGAAAUCGGAGCUCGGGGGUCUGUUCGAGAGUCUCAUCGUGGCCCUGAUGACCCCGCCCAUCUCAUAUGAUGCCUCUGAACUGCACAAGGCCAUCAAGGGCGCCGGGACUAACGACGACGUGCUGAUCGAGAUCCUGGCCUCCAGGACCGGCGCCCAGAUGAAAGAAAUCAUCAAAGUGUAUAAGAAAGAGUUUGGUGGCAAACUGGAGAAGGACGUCUGCGGAGACACCUCGGGGCACUAUCAGAGACUGCUGGUGAUCCUGCUCCAGGGGAGCAGGCAGGAGGACGUAGAUGAGAGCAAAAUCGAGACAGACGCCAAGGACUUGUACGCUGCUGGUGAAGGCAAGUUUGGCACCGAUGAGGACAAAUUCAUCACAAUUCUUGGCAACAGGAGCCCAGAGCAUCUCAGGAAAGUAUUCGACGUCUACAAGAAGCUGUGCGGCUCCGACAUCGAGGAGAGCAUUAAAGGAGAGACCACUGGGAAUCUAGAGAACUUGCUGCUGGCUGUCGUGAAAUGUGUCAGGAGCGUCCCGGAGUAUUUUGCUGAAGUCCUGUAUAAAUCUAUGAGGCGCGCCGGAACUGACGACAACGCCCUGAUGCGGAUCAUGGUGUCGAGGAGCGAGGUGGACAUGUUGGACAUCAGAGCCAGUUUCAAGAAGCUGCACGGAGCGUCUCUGUACUCCACCAUCCAGGAGGACACGAGUGGAGACUACCAGAGGGCUUUGCUCUACCUCUGUGGGGGGAAUGAUUAAUGUGUUGUGAUGGAGCUGAGCCGCUCUGAAUGAUGAGCUGCUGCCAGACACAGCAACACGUGAGACCAGGAGUUCUGAUCCACGGCUUCUUUCUGACUUCAGCUCGCUAUUGAUUGAAUUACUGUGAAUUACUCGCCUGCAUUUUUCGACUUAUAACAGUAUCUACUGCAGGAACAGCAGUUGGAGAACAUUGACUUAAAAGUUAUUUAGUUUUUGUGUUAUUUGCGUGACAUUAUCUGAACUAAUAGAUGUGUAGGUUUGAUUUUAGUAUAGAGAAUAACACGUGUUCUGUUUGAAAUGAAUUGAUUCGUUUGAAAUAAAUG